AUGGCAGUGUUCUCUCUACAGGUCGUUGUGGCUGCGGUAGCCAUAAAUAACGAGGACAUCUUUACUAUCUUGGCCGACAGCUACGACAAGAAUGGUACCACUUUUGAAUCACCUGGUCUAUUCACCGGCUCUAGGCUCAACACUAUCGACCCAGCCAACAUCCAGGCCAUCUUGGCCUCGCAGUUUCAGGACUUCGAGCUAGGCCAACAACUUAACAGACGAUUACUUCUGGGGAGAUGUAUUUUCACCGAAGAUGGGCCGUUCUGGGAGCACUCGCGCGCCAUGUUCAAACCACAGUUUGCAAGAGAACAGAUUAACAACCUCCGAGAGACAGAGUUGGCCGUUCAAGAGCUAUUUAGGGCCUUGCCACUCAUCGGCGUAGAGUGCGAGAGUGGCAACAGCGCCGAGGUCGACAUAUUACCAAUGUUCUAUCGCUUCACCAUGGACACGGCCACCAAGUUCCUGUUUGGUGAGAGCGUGAAGACGCAAAUGAGCGCGGCCACGGGAGACUCGGGGAAACUGACCAGCGCCGCCAGCUCACUUGCUGCCGAGUUUGGCCCUGAGCUGAACUUUGCCGAUGCCCUCUCCGAGGCACAGCUGUGGAUCACGCAGCGCAUCCGCCUCCAAGGCCUGCAUUGGCUGAUACCGAGCAAGCGGGGCCGCAUGGCCAACGCCUUUGUGCGCAAAUUCGCCGCUCAUUACGUCCAGCUGGCACUGAAAGCCGCCACCGACAACAAAACGUCAACGAGGCCAUCGUCGUGGACUGCGAGUUACAGCCUCCUCGAGGCUCUCAUCGAGUCCACACGGGACCCAGACGAGCUCCGCGACCAGAUCCUUGGCCUGCUCCUCGCAGGCCGCGACACCACAGCCUCGCUACUGUCCUGGACGGUACUCCUCCUGGCACGCCAUCCGGACAAGUUCGCCAAGCUGCGCGCCGCGGCGCUGGAGCAGUUUGGCCCGUGCACCGCAGACACAUCCAACAUCACCUUCGAGACGCUCAAGUCGUGCCGGUAUCUACAGCUCACCCUGCGCGAGGCGUUGCGCCUGUACGACCCAAGCCCGGCUAAUGUGCGCUUCGCGGCUCGCGAUACCACGCUCCCCCGCGGGGGAGGGCCGGACGGCAAGGCGCCCAUCUUCGUCCCCAAGGGCAAGACUGUCAGCUUCGUGCUGCACUUACUGCACAGGCGCAAGGACCUGUGGGGCCCGGAUGCUGAUGAGUUCAAGCCGGAACGGUGGGAGAAGAAGAAGAUGGACUGGAACUUUGUACCGUUUAGCGGCGGACCUCGAAUCUGCCUCGGGCAGCAAUACGCUCUGACCGAGGCGGGCUACUUGAUUGUGCGAAUGCUCCAGAGGUUUGAGAAGAUCGAGUGGCUUGGUGGGGAAGAUGAGCCAAGAAAGACGAUCACGUUCACAAUGCAGCCGAGGGACGGGGUUCCUGUGCGACUUACGUACGCAAAGUAG